AUGACGCAGGAUCAGAUAAUAUAAUGUCCCUAAUUGCCCUUUUCAGCCAAAAUGCAUUACGGUACGGUACGGCUGAUCUGUGCGUGCAUAAACCCACGCGUACGUUCGAACCGCAGAACCGGGACCGUUCAUUCAGCACGUCGCUUCCACGGGUUCACUAUACAUUACAAUGGCAUCACCACUACCUCUCAAACCGCUCUGUACAGGAUUGACCGCGUCCUUCUUGCUCAACCUCCCCUUUGGCCACAUUCGUUCGCAUUACACCGACAAGUUCACGGUUCCGUGGUUUCUGGCGAUCCAUGCACCCGUACCACUUGUUGUUAUGAUUAGGAAGAAGCUCAUGAGUGAAGUCGCGGUCAAGAGGCUUGGGGGCCGCUGGGUUGUGCUUGGGAUGAGCUUGGCAGCGGGUGUUGGUGGUCAAUUAAUCGGAGGGAAGUUUGGGGUGCGGAAGAGUGUGAGGGAAGGGAGAGCUUUGUAAUCGCAGGUGCAGUCAAAACCCGCGAGAAGUGUGAAUGAGUUGCAUAUGAUCAUGAGAUGCCAAUCACCCGGCUGUAUGCGGCAACUACGGCAUGUUCGGGGGCAUUCAUGUCGGAGAACGGCAUCCUCGGUGGAGGCACGUCAUCGACUACGGGCGAAUGAUAAUCUGGAAUAACACGGUAGGGGUUGAGACGCAACUUGGGCAUCAGCAUCGGCAUCUAUUACAACAGUUCUGGAACUCUAUCCUAUCUCUUAACUACCGCUAGUGGCGGA